AUGACCAAUACACAAUCCACGGAGACGCUACUUUCUACACUCCUCCGCAUCACGGAGGACCGGAUUGUGCCUCUCACCAGCGCCGGUGUCUCGUCGGGCAGUAAAGUUUUCGGGGCUGCCAUCUUGGCCCGCUCCAACCUCUCCCCAGUCACGGUUUCCACCAACAACGAGCGUGUGUCACCCCUUUUACACGGCGAAAUCAACUGCAUCCAAGAAUUCUUCGCUUCCCCAGCUGAAGGCCGCCCGGCCACCAAGGACUGCAUCUUCUUUUCCACCCAUGAGCCUUGCUCGCUCUGCUUAAGUGGAAUCACCUGGGCUGGUUUCAACGAGUUUUACUACCUGUUCACCUACGAGGACAGCCGGGAUCUCUUCUCAAUUCCCUACGACAUCGACAUCCUCGAGCAAGUCUUUCGCGUACCUGGCCCAUCUGACACCACGGAAACCCUGGCACAACGCCCGCUGUACAAUCGCAGGAACAAAUUCUUCACCGCAAAGAGCUUGGCAGAUCUCCUGGAGGGACUUCCCAGCGACGAUGACCGGAAGAGAUGGGCCAAUGAGAUCGCCAGGGUGAAGGACAUGUACAAAUCUUUAGACGCAACUUAUCAAACCGGUAAAAUGGCUGGGACAGAGAGCGCGAGUGUAUGGAAGUAG